GUUCGUUGACUGUUAGCCAUGACUUCCGAAACAAGUGGACGCGUUGUUGUGGAUGCGCUAUUGGUCGUUCCAAAUGUUUUCCAUCAUUAAUAGUGUUUCCUCAAACGCGUUGCACUUCUUUAUACAGUAAAUGUAAACCUUAUCCAUCUCCUCAACUAGUUGCACAAUGGCAUAUGGAAGCGGUAAGGAGGCUCCGAAAGAAGGGGACUUCAGGAUGCCUGGCCUUAGAGGAGCGAAGACCACCACGCUUUUCCGAUCUGUCAACCCUGAGCUCACCGUUAGACCCGGACUUCAUGCUGCAACCGGAGGAUGCGAAGACUGUGGCCAGCAAGAAAAAAGAUGAGGUACUGGUGGAAGUGAGGGCAGUGAUGAUAUCCAGCAUCACUGGCAACAUCGAGAAAACCCGAAGGGAGGAGAUGGAUAUUGCCCAACGCAACAUAGACAAGGCGGAGGGGCGGUACAAGGCAGAACUAACUACCUUGAAGGAGUCAACACAAGCACUGGAGACUCUGCUGGACAAGACCAUCAGGGACCUCCGUACAGCUGUAGCCGAUAAGCAAGUAUAUAUGGAUGACCUGGAAGAAACAAGGGCAGCAUUUCAACAUUUCAUCAAUCAGCAGUUUAAAGAAUUGAAGCCUGAUCAAGCUGACUUUAUCCUACCAUCAAAGAAAUGUACAGGUUGAAUGACAAGUGAACGAAUAGAAGCCCAGAAAAGCAUGCUCUCUUUGGCUCAUCACAAUUGGUCAACUAAUAAAUCUGAUUAUCCACAUG